AUUACCAAAGAUCACCGAAUCCAUUCUGGAGAGAAACCUUACCAAUGUAACGAAUGUGGCAAGGCCUUUAGCAGGCCCUCAGAGCUCACUAGACAUCACAGAAUCCAUACUGGAGAGAAACCUUACCAAUGUAAUGAAUGUGGCAAGGCCUUUAGCAGGCCCUCACACCUUACUCAACAUCACCGAAUCCAUACUGGAGAGAAACCUUAUCAAUGUCAAGAAUGUGGCAAGGCCUUUACCCAUUCCUCAGACCUCACCAGACAUCACAGAAUCCAUAUUGGAGAGAAACCUUACCAAUGUCAAGAAUGUGGCAAGGCCUUUACCCAGCUCUCAGCCCUUACCAUCCAUCACCGAUUCCAUAUUGGAGAGAGACCUUACCAAUGUAAAGAAUGUGGCAAGGCCUUUAUUCAGCUCUCAGACCUUAAGAAACAUCGCAGAAUCCGUACUAGAGAGAAACGUUACCAAUGUAAAGAAUGUGGUAAGGCCUUUACAUGCAUCUCAAGCCUUAACAUCCAUCACCGAAUCCAUACUGGAGAGAAACCUUACCAAUGUAAAGAAUGUGGCAAGGCCUUUACACACAUCUCAGGCCUUACCAACCAUCACAGAAUCCAUACCGGAGAGAAACCUUAUCAAUGUAACGAAUGUGGCAAGGCCUUUUCCCAGCUCUCAGGCCUUACCUACCACCACAAAAUCCAUACUGGAGAGAAACCUUACCAAUGUAAAGAAUGUGGCCAGGCCUUUAUGCAGCUCUCAGACCUUAAUCAACAUCACAUUAUCCAUACUGGAGAGAAACCUUACCAAUGUAAAGGAUGUGUGAAGGCCUUUUCCAAGCGCUCACACCUUACUAGACAUCAGAGAAUCCAUACUGGAGAGAAUCCUUAGCAAUGUACAGAAUGUGGCAAGACCUUUAGCUUGAGAUACCACCUAACACAACAUCACCGAAUCCAUACUGGAGAGAAAACUUACCAAUGUCAGGAAUGUGGCAAGACCUUUUCCCAGCACUCUUCCCUUAUUGAACAUCACAGAAUCCAUACUGGAGAAAAAUACUACCAAUGUGAAAAAUGUGGCAAGGCCUUUAACCAGCCUUCAGUCCUUAAUGAACAUCAUCGAAUACAUCCUGGAGAGAAAGCUUACCAAUGUCAAGAAUGUGGCAAGACCUUUUCCCAGCACUCUUCCCUUAUUGAACAUCACAGAAUCCAUACUGCAGAGAAACCUUAUCAGUGUCAAGAAUGUGGCAAGGCCUUUACCAAAUCCUCACACCUUACUAAACAUCAUAGAAUCCAUACUGGAGAGAAACCUUACCAGUGUCAAGAAUGUGGCAAGGCCUUUACCAACUCCUCAGCCCUUCCCAAACAUCACAGAAUCCAUACUGGAGAGAAACCUUACCAAUGUCAAGAAUGUGGCAAGGCCUUUACUCACCGCUCAUACCUUUCACAACAUCACAGAAUCCAUACUGGAGAGAAACCUUACCAAUGUCAAGAAUGUGGCAAGGCCUUUAUCAACUCCUCACACCUUACUCGACAUCACAGAAUCCAUACUGGAGAGAAACCUUACCAAUGUCAAAAAUGUGGCAAGGCCUUUACCAACUCCUCACACCUUACUCGACAUCACAGAAUCCAUACUGGAAAGAAACCUUACCGAUGUCAAGUGGACAAGGCCUUUAAUAAGUCCUCAGACCUUACUCAACAUCACAGAACCCAUACUGGAGAAAAAGGUUACCAAUGUCAAGAAUGUGACAUGGCCUUUAAAUCCUCCGACCUUACCAAACAUCACAAUAUCCAUACUGGAGAGAAACCUUACCAAUAUCAAGAAUGUGGCAAGGCCUUUACCAAACACUCAUACUCAUACCUUACUAAACAUCACCAAAUCCAUAUUGUAGAGAAACUUACCAAUAUCAAGAAUGUGGCAAGUCCUUUACUUACACCUCUGGCCUUACCAAAUACCAAUGAAUCCAUACUGGAGAGAAACCUCACCAAUGAAAAGAAUGUGACAAGGCCUUUAUCCAACAUUCACAUUAUAUUCAACAUCACAGAAUUCAUACUGGAUUGAAACUCUACAAAUGGGUAGAAUAUGGCCAGAUCUUUAAGUGACCUUUACACCUUCCUUGACAUAACAGAAUUCAUACUGAUGGAAACCUCCCUAAUGUCAAGAAUGCAGUAAGGUCUCUAAUCACUCUUCAACCUUUACUUAUUACCACAGAAUUCAUAUUGGAGCAAAUCUUCCAAAUUUAAGGAAUGUGAGAAAAGUUUUGUGGACUGCUCACCCCUUGCUUCACAUUGUGCUGGGAGCCAUCUCUGAAGUAAGGCAGGUUUGCAAGACCUCCCACUGUCAGAUAGCAAUCAGCCUCUACACCCAGUCAACCCCCACUCAAUUUCUGCUUGAGCACCGACCCCCAAGGGGCCUGACUGACUGAUAUCAACUGUGACUUCCCUUCCUAUGCUAAAAAAAAAGUUGAAUUGUACCUUGUGAGAAAACUUGUUAUAGGAGUUUCUUCUUUUGUGAUUGUAGGAGCAAA